GCGGGAAGAGGGAGCGAGCACAGGACAGAAGAGAGAAAACAGACAGAAUGUCAUCAUUUUGUCGGACUCUGUCUUCUAUCUGUAGAUAACCACACCCGAGUUGUACUUUUAAUUCCGUUUCUGGACACCUCUUUUCCAUUCAAUCAGCUGGGAGAGACAAAGCCCCGUGCCCUGAGCGGCAGAGCUCUGGUCAGGGGCUGGCUGGCUGUAAAUUGACGUGGCAUGGAAAUUCUCUUGCUAAGUUACACCAGUUUGCGAGCCCAGCGUCCCGGAGCUAACCCACGGGCUGAGUGACCUUACAGAAGAAUGGAUAAAGUCCCCCGUUCCUCGCCUUGGACCCGCCGUUUUCUUUCUGGCUAUCUAUCAUUUCGCUGAAAAUCAAACCAAAACAGUUAAGUCUGUAACUUUGCUUCGCAGUUUCAACAAGAGAACUGGCUGCUCACGGUCGUCUUGCUCUUUUCCUGCUGUCUAACUCCUUGCAGACUUUGCCAUGGGGUGCGGGCUUAGGAAGCUGGAAGACGCUGAUGACAGCAGCCCAGGAAAAAUAUUUUCUACCCUGAAGAGACCGCAAGUGGAAACAAAGACAGAGUUUGCUUAUGAAUAUGCCCUGCUGGAUUUUACUUUACAAGCUUCAACAAACCCAGAAGUCAUCAAGAUAAAUUCAGUUCUGGAUAUCGUUGCCAAAGUGGAAGAGUAUUAUCUUAAGGGCUAUGUUGUUGGGGCCAUUCACCCAGUCAUCCAGCCUGUGGGGCAUCGGAAACUCCUCCCAGCAAGUCAGCUGUACAGAGUGGUGCUGUCCCGCUUGAAAGUAAGCCCCAAGCAUUCAGCAGCCCCAGGUGGACAAAGGCAUGCAAGACUUGUGAUGGAGGAGUGUCCUCUCACUUACGAGACACAAGCAAACGUGGCAGCAAAGGAACUCAUUGAAAAGAUUAACGCUGCUGCCAAAAGAGGAAUGAAAUUUGUUGGAUUCGUAUCACAGUAUUACUUGCCAUCCAAACUCUGUAAUGGAACCAACCAUGAUGGAGAUGCAGAAUUGGGGCUACACAGGAGACACGGUUCCCAUGGCAACUGCAAAAGCAGCAAUGAAGGAGAUGUCAGUGGACAGUUGUCUGAAAGUGGAAUGGAGGGGGAGCCUCAGCUUGAAAGUGGACAUCAGACAGAAGGAAACAGCAGCCCCAGCAAGUCUAAACCAGAGCGGGGAGGAGAUCACAAGCUAUACAUGGUCUUCAAUGCUUUCGGUGAGGAUUCAGCCUGCUGGACCUAUCAGGAAGGUAUCCUGUCCAUGAAAGUAACAAGGAAAGGAGCUGUCAUCAACACACUUGAUGCCAACUGGCUAGAAUUAACUACAUUUUAUUAUAAGCAAGGCUUGUCUUUAGUUGACUCUUUUGUAUGCUGGGAGACACCUAAAGCAGGGGACCAUGUGCCUAAAUCUCUGGAGGGAUUUUUUAUCUAUGAAGAAGGAUCUGGAGUUCCAGGCUCUAGCAGGAAAGGGAAUGAUGCCAUUGUGGUGGAGCAGUGGACCGUCAUUGGGGGCUGUGAAAUCAAAACGGACUAUGGCCCUCUGCUGCACACUCUGGCUGAAUUUGGAUGGCUUCUCACGAGCGUGCUGCCCACACCCAUAUUGAGACAUGACAGUGAAGGGAAUUUGGCUACAAAGCAGGUCGUGUUUCUCCAAAGGCCAGUUGUGUGGAACUCAGCUGCCCAGACGCCAGAAAGGAAAGCUAGCCGGCUGCUGAAGGGUGAGGACAGAAACAAGGUUGGCAGCAGGAGCAUUGGCCUGGACACCAGCGGGUCCCAAACAGCAGAUGGCCGAGCCCCUCUUGAGGAGGGCCCCCUCUCCCCCUCCAGAGAGUGUUGGACCAAGGAGGAGCGGCCAACACAGAGCGACAGCUUCUUGGGGUUCAGCAGCAGUGACAGUGUCCUCCGGGAACUGGAUGACGGACAGUUUGACCAGGAAGAUGGCGUGACACAGGUCACUUGCAUGUGAGCAGCCAAGUGAAGCGAAGCUAUGGAAGGCUUUGUGAAUAGUUAUUAAAAUGACUGCCCGCUGACCUUA